AUGGUGGAGCCGGUGGGAUUCAUUGAGGCGUGGAAAGCGCAGUUCCCGGAGUCUGAUCCCCCCAAGAUGGAACUGAGGUCCGUGGGGGGCAUCGAGCAGGAGCUGGAGAAGUGCAAAGCGUCCAUCCGGCGUCUGGAGCAGGAGGUGAACAAGGAGCGCUUCCGUAUGAUCUACCUGCAGACUCUCCUGGCCAAAGAGAGGAAGAGCUACGACAAGCAGAGGUGGGGCUUCAGGAAGACCCCCCUGAAUGAGGGGAUGGACCCGGCUACUUCCCAGGGUGCAGAGUCUCUAUCCCAGCAGCCACAUGUACAGGAAACUGGCAUUGUGGGGGUAGGAGUAGGAGGAGGUGGGUUCAGUGGUGGUGGAGGUCCUGGAGAUAGAAGCAGAUUCCAGCCUCUUGGGGAUGGAACUGGAAGGACCAAACCUCGGCCCCCACCUGCAAGAAAGUCAGCCUCGCAUGGAGAUGGACUGGAGUCUGCCUUUGACGUGCCCCCGCAGGCCGAGUCCACAUCCUGUGACAACUUGGAUGGUCUUUCUCCAUCCAAGCAGAGAGGUGGUAUCUCAGUGUCUCCCCGCCGACCAACGCUCCCCCCUCCAGAAAAGGAGCUGCCCUCUGACCCGAAAGACAAGAUGGGGAUGGGACUUGGCGUGGCAGCACUUAGAUCCAACUUUGAGAGGAUCAAACGGGCCAACUCUCACUCUGCAGGUGAUGUAGCUAAAGGCCAGGAGAAGCAGCCGCCACCACCUCCGCCACCGUUCUACACCAACAUGGAGUUCCACCAUGACAGGGGGCUGGUCAGGGUCAACGAGCGAGAGGUUUCAGACAAGAUCAGCACCUUGGGCAGCCAGGCCAUGCAGAUGGAGCGAAAGAGAUCCCUGCACUCCCUUCCGGGUAACCUGGCGACAGUUGCUGGGGAGCUCCGUGCCAGGCCAGUAUACAGAGGGCGGUCCACGGAGAGCACAUGUGGUUACGAUGCUGAGUAUGAAGAUGGAGAGCCAAACCAGAGACAUUCAGGGAGGGCUAAUGGGGGCAAACCUCCACCCCCUCCUUGGCAGCCCUCAGAGUUCCAGGCCUACUCUAGUGUGUAUGUUGGUGGGGUGAUGAUGGGUGAAGGUGGCGGUGGAGAUGGUAGAGGGAGUGGAGGUAGUAGUGGAGUCACAAUGAGAGACCACAGCGGGGGAGAUGACCACCUCCUCACCUGGCCACGCCGUUCGUAUUCUCCAGGGAGCUUCGAGGACGUUGGCGGAGGCGGCGGCUACACACCAGACUGCAGCUCCAACGAGAACCUGACGUCCAGCGAGGAAGACUUCUCCUCGGGCCAGUCCAGCCACGUCUCCCCCAGCCCCACCACAGCCUUUCGUCGGCCCUUCAGGGAGAAGAGUCGCUCGCCGUCCCAGAACUCCCAGAACUCUCAGCACUCCUUCGACAGCAGCAGCCCCCCUACGCCACAGUCCCAGAAGCGUCACCACCGGCAACAGGGAGGCCAUGUGGUCAUGUCUGAGGCCACCAUUGUCAGCGUUCGCAAGACUGGGCAAAUCUGGCCGCCUGCUUCCCAUCAUGACCUCAUGCCGCAUGGUAGAACAUCGCAUGACAACAGUUUCCAUGGAGACCACCUAGACGGUCAUUACACCGGGACCCCUCCCUCCUAUGGUUACGAUGCCGACCGAGCAGAGGAGCAGCGGAGACACCACGACAUCCUACCGUACAUCGAUGACUCCCCUUCGUCUUCACCGCACCUCAGCUCCAAGAGCCGCAGCAGUCGGGACACUUUGUCUUCAGGAUCUUUGGAGUCGUCCAAGUCGACGGAAUGUGACCUGGAAAAAGGUUUGGAAAUGAGGAAGUGGGUCCUGUCUGGGAUCUUGGCCAGUGAGGAAACAUACCUCAGUCAUCUGGAGGCACUGCUUUUGCCCAUGAAACCUCUGAAAGCUGCAGCGACAACAUCACAGCCUGUGCUGACAGUCGCUCAGAUAGAAACCAUCUUCUUCAAAGUGCCUGAGCUCUAUGAGAUCCACAAGGAGUUCUAUGAUGGACUGCUUCCCCGUGUGCAGCAGUGGAGCCACCACCAGAGAGUCGGGGACCUGUUCCAGAAAAUGGCGAGUCAACUAGGAGUUUACCGAGCGUUUGUGGACAACUACGAGCUGGCUGUAGAGACGGCGGAGAAAUGCUGCCAGGCCAACACACAGUUUGCUGAAAUCUCUGAGAACCUGAAAGUGAGGAGCCCAAAGGACAGCAAGGACCAGACAGCCAAGAACUCCCUAGAAGCUUUGUUAUAUAAACCAGUGGACAGAGUGACACGCAGCACACUGGUGUUACAUGACUUGCUAAAGCACACACCUUCCAGCCACCCUGACCAUCCUCUCCUGCAGGACGCUUUGCGGAUCUCCCAGAACUUUUUGUCUAGUAUCAAUGAGGAGUCGACGCCGCGGCGGCAGUCUAUGACUGUCAAAAAGGGAGAGAACCGGCAGCUGCUGAAGGACAGUUUCAUGGUGGAGAUGGUUGAAGGAGCCAGGAAGCUGCGGCAUGUGUUCCUCUUUACUGAUCUGCUGCUGUGUGCCAAGCUAAAGAAACAGAUUGGAGGUAAAAGCCAGCAGUAUGACAGUAAGUGGUACAUCCCCCUGACUGAACUGACCUUCCAAGGCCCAGAGGAGGCGGAGCCCCUGACCAUCCCCCAGGUCCCUGAUGAAGAGCUGGAUGCCAUCAAGGUCAAGAUUUCACACCUCCGCAGUGAGAUUCAGAGAGAGAAGAGGGCCAACAAGGGUUCAAAGGUCAUUGACCGUCUCAGGAAGAAGCUGUCUGAACAGGAGUCUCUGCUCCUGUUGAUGUCUCCGAGCAUGCCGCUCAGACUCUACAACAAGAAUGGCAAGAGUUACAUUUUCCUCAUUUCAUCUGACUAUGAACGUGCAGAGUGGAAGGAAAUAAUGAAGGAGCAGCAGAAGAAAUGUUUUAAAACUUCAUCUUUAACAUCCAUGGAGCUGCAAAUGUUGACCAGUUCAUGUGUCAAACUGCAGACUGUUCAUCACAUUCCUCUUAGUAUCAAUAAAGAAGAGGAUGAAUCCCCCGGUCUCUACGGGUUCCUGAAUGUAAUUGUCCACUCCGCCUCCGGCCUCAAACAGAGCUUGAACCUCUAUUGCACAUUGGAGGUGGACUCUUUUGGCUUUUUCUCGAAUAAAGCCAAGACGAGAGUGUAUCGAUACACUACUGAACCCAAAUGGAACGAGGAAUUUGAGAUUGAUCUGGAGGGCUCGCAGACCCUGAGGCUGCUCUGCUAUGAGAAGUGUUACAACAAGACCAAGCAGAACAAAGAGGAUGGAGAAAGCACAGACCGCAUCAUGGGGAAAGGACAGAUCCCGCUUGAUCCUCAGACUCUCCAGGGCAAAGACUGGCAGAGGACAGUUAUUCCAAUGAACGGGAUUGAGGUUAAACUCUCCAUGAAGUUUACCAGCCGAGAGUUCAGCCUGAAGAGGAUGCCCUCGCGGAAACCGAUGGGUGUCUUUGGAGUCAAGAUUUCCACAGUGACCAAACGAGAGCGCUCCAAGGUGCCCUACAUUGUCCGGCAGUGCCUGGAGGAGAUUGAAAGGAGGGGGAUGGAGGAGGUGGGCAUCUACCGAGUAUCAGGGGUGGCCACUGACAUUCAGGCCCUGAAGACCGCCUUCGACACCAAUAAUAAAGACGUAUCAGUGAUGAUGAGUGAAAUGGAUGUUAAUGCCAUUGCUGGGACCUUGAAGUUGUACUUCAGAGAGCUGCCAGAACCACUUUUUACAGAUGAGCUCUACCCGAACUUUGCGGGCGGCAUCACCCUGUCUGAUAGUGUUGCCAAAGAGAGCUGUAUGUUGAACUUACUGCUGUCACUGCCAGAACCCAACCUGGUCACAUUCCUUUUCCUUUUGGAUCACCUCAAGAGGGUGGCAGAGAAGGAAAGCAUCAACAAAAUGUCUCUCCACAACCUGGCGACAGUGUUCGGGCCGACCCUGCUGAGGCCAUCUGAGAAGGACAGUAAGAUCCCCGCCAACCCAACACAACCCAUCAGCAUGGGGGACAGCUGGUCUCUGGAAGUGAUGGCACAGGUUCAGGUGCUGCUGUAUUUCCUGCAGUUAGAGACCAUUCCCACCCCAGACAGUAAACGACAGAGCAUCCUCUUCUCCACUGAAGUAUAAAGUAGACUAUGAAUACAUGGAAAGAAAAGGACUCUGGCUCAAAGUGAGCCUAUAGUAGUAUGUUUUUAAAUUGACUUACCAGACUGUGUGGCCCUUUCAGCUGGUUGGGAUCAAACCCAAAAGGGUGCCAUCGAGCCUCUGAAGCUUCGAGGACAGACGCUCCUCAACGUUUAUAUCUCUUGUUACUGUGCAUUACAUCUUCUACUCCUUGUAUGUUUAUUGAUGCUGUGGGUACAUCAACCAUCUGCAUUUCUUUACCUUUGUCUUUGUCUUUACAUUGAGCCUUUACAGCUCGCGACAGCUCUCUCAAGUUAAAAGGUUGGAUUCCUUCAACUGUCCUUAAGCAAACCGUUUCUUACCGAUUUGUUUGCAUGGAAGCACAGAUAAAUUAACUGAAAUUAGCCAACAAAAUCAACAUUUACACAUGUCAAUUUCUUGGGCAUUUGACUCCAUCUCUGUUUAUUUUGGACAAUCAUCGAGUCAGGAUUCUGCAGAUUUAAUUUCUCCAUCUCAAACUUCAACUCAUGUCAUGUUGUGGCGAUUUUAACUGUGUUUUUUUAUGGUCUCAGUGCAGUUUUUCUGAGAGGAGACAUUUGUUCUGUCUGUGGGAUCUAGAGAUGAACGUCCAGAUUUGCCACAAUAUUGGCCUUUUUUUUGUGUGUGUGUCAAGCAAGCCACAGGAAGCCUGCACCUGUAUCCUAAAGUGUUUACAACGUAAACAAAUCCACUAGGAGUCAAAAACAAAGGCUGAAUACAGGACUGGAGAAAAACUGUAAAGAAACCAGAUGUGUAGUAAUACACUACAAUCUGACAGUCUGCAGUUGUCCACCAUAAAGCAACUUUCAUGUUUGUGUUGUUCGUGUCCUAAGGUAGUCCUCAGCUUAAAAUAUCCAGGAAGCAAUAUAUUUUUUAACAUAGGACUUGUGUGUGUUCAUAUCUUUGCUGAUGAAAUGUCCGUCUUUCUGUAACAUAGGACAUCUUUGCCAAAAUAAUGUUUGUUUCUAGGCAAAAAGGAAGCAGUUGUAUUUACAGAUACAAUAUGUACAUAAGUUGUAUUCUUUUGUUUUUGUUUAACAGUAUAAUCAUUGUUGUUAUUAUUGUAACUUAUUUUGGGGACCUGGGGGAAAAAAUUGUUUGUUUUUCUAUGUGUCCUUUUUUGGUUUGAUUAAGAAAGUGGUAGGUCUUAGCCUUGACUUCAAGUCUUGCAGUAAAUAAGCAGGAUUUAGCCUUGUUCUUAUAGAAACUACUCAGCUGUUCUGUCCAGCCUAUUAUUAAUAUUAAUUUAGAUAUUAUGAAGGUAACACACACAUUGUAGUUACAUACUGUAUGCUGCUGUGGAAAAGGCACAAGCUCUUUAACUGCUGGGUCGACUGUGUUCCUCGGCAGUCCGGCUCGCAUCCAGAGAACAUCGCCUGUCUAGUUUAGACAUUAUGCAAUGUCAUAAUACAGCACACACACACACACACACACACACACACACACACACAGACACACACAUAUAUAUAUA